AUGGUUGGGGAGCGACCACUUCAUAUACAGUUACCGUCAUCUUCGAAAAAGCAAAAACAAAUAUUUGAAAUGAGUUGGUGGAUUAAAUAUGCACUAUUAUUAGACGAAAUAACACCCGAAGAUAGCCUCGACAGUGUUCCGGAAAGUAUUUCAUCAAGUCUAGUUGGCAAUACAUACGCUGUUGAGUCAAUAAAUGAUGUCUUAAUAAUGCUUUCGAGAGAGUCUGGCUUUUCCGAGCUAUUCAGUGAAAGUGAACAGAAAUGGUUCGAAAAUUUUAGAAAUAUAUCGAAUCUUUCCAAAUCAUUGAUUAUUCGCUUAUAUGGUCGAUCUCAAAAGAUUUUCCGAAAAUCAGACCUCAUGAAAAUUAUUCCGAAUGAUAUUGAUCAGUGCUUAAGAGAAUUAAACGGUUUAAGGUUUCUUUGUACAGAUAUGCAGCCGUUAUCAAGCGAAAUGUUGAUACAUGCUCUUAACCGUCAGGAGCUGGACCAGUUAGCUGGGAUGUACAACAUCAAGAAUUUCAAAAGUUUAACAAUGAUUCAGUUAAGAGACACCUUGUUGAAGACUUCAUCUGUUUCACCUAUGGCUUCAUUUGUCAAAGUUUCUAUUCAGAGUAAAGAUAGACUUAAAGGAUUAAUAACUCGAAUUCUUCAUGGUUGCUGGUAUGUGGACGAGACAUACACGCAGUUAAUUACUCAAUUACUUUGGUUAACGUCUCUUGGUUCUGAAUCAGCAUAUAAUAGACCGAAUAAAUUGCAAUCGAUUGAGGCCAUUAUGAAAGCUGAGCUAUAUGCAAUGAUGCUUGUCCGUCGAGGUGAACUUGUCUUUCCGUCAUAUGUAGUCAAUCGUAAAUCUACAAUAUAUCGUACAAGUGACGAAUUCCAAAAGUUUCUAGAAUUCAUGAGUUUGGAAAUCCGAUUAGAAUAUUUAAUUAGUCAAAAAUCAUAUGAUCUUGCUUUACAAUUAUGUUUGGAUAAGAAAACUAAGUUAAUCGAUGAAGUUAUGAACCUUUCGUUUCGUCGCAUUGAUCUACCUCAGUUUCUACGGCGUUUCACUUCACCAUACCGUGCAUUUCGUUCAUUGCUAUUAAUGAUCGAUAUAUAUGAACGUCAAAGAAAGUAUAAUGAAGCCAUUAAACUAAUUGAAACAUUAUUAUCUUUAACUUGGUCAUUACAUAAUGAUGACAAAUUUUUAAACUUAAAAUUAACUGGUUGUGUUCUAGAUCAACUUGGUCCUUGUCGUUUAGGCUAUCUGUUAAAUCGUUAUAUCAUUAAUCAAGGCACACAUGAGAAGCAACAAAUUAAAGCAUUUAAGUAUGUGACUAAUUACUUCAAAUUAUACAAUGAAUGUCAGUGUCUUAGAGCUGGUCGUCGUUUAACAAUUCAUGAACAGCUGAUGAAAUUGUUUGAUGGAGUGAAAAAAGAAGAAAAUAAUCACCGUAGAUCAAAAAAUGGUCAUACUAUUGCUGCUACUACCAGUACAAAUGUUACUAAUAAUAGACCACCGAAUGCUGGUUGUAAUAAAAAUAAUGCUUCUGACUGUAAUGAAAUAAAAAAUACAACCACUCAAGUGAAACGUAGAAGAAUUCAAAAACUUGUCAAUAUUGACAGUAAAUAUUGUAAGAAUAACAAUCAUAGUACUGAAGAGGUUUAUCAUACAAAUGAAAUUUUUAUUGACAGUGAAAACGAAGAACUACUCACGGUGAUACCUUCGCUUGUGAUUGAUAUCAAAGAACCGCCUAAAGUUGAAAUUACUGCUCCCGUUAAUGCAUCAGCUAAAGAAAUCGGUACACAUCGUCCACAUUAUGUAUGGUUUGAAAAUACUUCACCGAAUAAACUUCAACAACAGCGAUCACCUCAAGAAUCCAAUACUUUGUUACUUACAGUUGAACAAUGGACUGUACGCUAUUAUAUGGCUAAUAAAAAUUUUGAACACGGCAUACAUUGUGAAUCCCAAAUAUAUCAUCUUUUAUUCUGCAUACUUUUUUAUGAUAUUUUAUUCGAAAUAUCACCAUCUCCACCGGACGUCUUCUAUUCAUAUCGUCAGUCAGCGCCAUUAGAUUUAUUUACAGAUGAAUUUUAUCAGUCGAGAAAAGAUUUAAUCGAUGCUAGAUUGCAAUGGCUCUUGGCUGUUGAUCAAUCAGAUGAUCAUUCUAAUUCUUUGGAAUUUCGUAUUCAUACUUAUUGGGAGAUGCAUAAUGGUGAACGUUGUUUGUGGGCUAAUUGGGAUUUAUUGGAAAAUUCACAGGAGCUUAUAGAUAUAUUUUGGUGUCUUGGACCUUGUGUCGUUCACGAUGUUUGUCGUAAAUUAGCUACAGACUACAGAAGUUGGAGGUCGGGUCUUCCUGAUCUUUUAUUAUGGAGUCCUAAAGAAACGCGAGCUAAGAUUGUAGAAGUUAAAGGAUCCGGAGACCAUUUAUCCACUCAACAAAUAAUGUGGCUUGAUGUACUUGUCCGGGCUGGUGCCGAUGUAGAAAUCUGUUUAAUAUCAGCUGAACCACUAAAAUCGCUUCGUUCAAAAUUCAACUAUUGA